CAACCCCUCCCAUUCUUGCAGACUAGACCAGUGAAAAACUGAAAAUUGAAAAGCCGUUGUCGCACAAGUUGUAAAGCCGACUGGCCAAAUACCCUUCCGCUUUCGUUUCCGCCCGCCACUGUCGCCUAUAUGCUCUCUCGCCUCUCUCCGCUCCUUCGCCCUCUCUGCCCUCCUUUUCCCACCUCAGCUCCAAUGGCGCGUGUGUUACCACGCACCGCCUCUGUCAUUCUCGCAAAUUCUCCCUCUAUUAAUGCCAUCUCCACUGUCUACUAUCCUUCAAGCCUAUCCUUCACUCGAAAGCCUAUUUGUUUCAAUGACCCUUUGUUAUCGAGAUAUUCUUAUUUCGCUAAAAAGUUUCACGCUGUAUGCAGAGAAGGCGAUGGGAGGCUUCUGCGGCCAAUAAGCGGGCGGGUUUGGGCGGCACAGAGAGGAUACCGGAAAGUGAGGAGGCGGGCGGCGCGGAAGAGUGAAACGGAGUUGGAGCUCAAUGUUAGCAUUUGCAUUGAAGAAGAGCUGCCCGAUGAUCCCGAAAUAUUGAGUAUUGCAGAAUUGCUUCGUCUUAAUGUGCCAAUGGCAAUGAAAUUAGCGUUUGAUGGUUUAAAAGAUUCAGCUUAUAAAACCAGAGACACUGCUAUAAGUGAUGUUGGAGGAUUUCAAAGUGUUGAGUUGUCGGUACUACUUUGCAAUGAUGAGUUCAUUUGCAAACUUAAUAAGGAAUGGAGGGAUGAGGACCAUGCUACUGAUGUUCUCUCCAUGUCACAACAUGUUCCUCAACUAGAGCUUCCAGUUCUUAUGUUGGGUGAUAUUGUCAUUUCUGUUGAGACAGCUGCACGACAAGCAGAGGAAAGAGGGCAUAGUCUUGUUGACGAAAUACGCAUCCUCCUGGUUCAUGGGUUGUUGCAUCUUUUAGGAUUUGAUCAUGAGAUUAGUGAAGAGGCUGAAGCAGAAAUGGAGAAGGAGGAGGAACUUCUUUUAAAGAGUCUUGGGUGGAAAGGAAAAGGACUAAUUCAGAGUGCAUAUGAUGCUGAAACUAAUGUGAAUCUUCAAAAAGAAAAUUUGGAUGACAGGAAGAAAGAAGGCAGUCUUCGAUUCUACAAACCAAAAUUCAGAUAUAUCUUUUGCGAUAUGGAUGGAACAUUGCUGAACAGCCAAAGUCAAAUUUCCUUGACAAAUGCGAAAGCUCUGAAAGAAGCUCUGUCAAGGGGUGUGAAAGUGGUGAUAGCAACUGGAAAAGCUCGUCCUGCUGCAAUAAGUAUUUUGAAGAUGGUAGAUUUAGGUGGUAAAGAUGGCGUUCUCUCAGAGUUCUCUCCUGGGGUUUUCCUACAGGGGUUGCUUGUUUACGGUAGACAGGGUCGGGAAAUUUUUAGAAGCAACUUAGAUCUAAGUGUCUGCAGAGAGGCAUGCUUCUACUCUUGGGAGCAUAAGGUUCCUCUUAUUGCAUUCAGCAACGACCGUUGCUUAACGCUGUUUGAUCAUCCUCUUGUUGAAUCAUUACAUACCAUAUAUCAUGAGCCAAAGGCAGAGAUCAUGCCUUCAGUUGAAGACCUCCUAGCUACUGCUGAAAUACAGAAGCUGCUCUUUUUAGACACUGCUGAGGGAGUGGCUACUUCAUUGCGGCCAUACUGGUCAGAAGCAACUGGGGAUCGGGCCAAUGUUAUCCAAGCUAUCCCGGACAUGGUUGAAAUUGUCCCUCGAGGAACGUCAAAAGGGAGUGGAGUCCAAAUGCUGCUUGAUCAUUUGGGUGUCACUGCAAAGGAGAUAAUGGCUAUUGGUGAUGGGGAAAAUGACAUUGAGAUGCUUGAGUUGGCCUCUCUAGGCAUUGCUCUAAGCAAUGGAUCAGAAAAGACAAAAGCUGUGGCUGAUAUAAUUGGCACCAGCAACGACGAAGAUGGUGUAGCAGAUGCCAUCUACCGGUAUGCAUUCUGAGCUUUUUGGUUCAUGUGUGAAAAACUUAUCACAAAGAUCACAAGGCAUAUGAUAUUAGAUGGUGUGGAAUUUGACCUGUCAAUUUUGUUUUUUGUUUUUAUUAGUGAUUAGGUAAGCCUACCAAAAUAGAAUAGAGUAGUUUCCCUUCUUCCCUUAUUUAUUGAAUGAAUAAACAGGGCAUUAUAUCCUUAUAUGGGCUCUGAAUACAGUUUUGCUCUUCCCUCAUUUCAUCGAGUGUAGUUAUUUUUUUCAACUUCAUUGAGAUUCUUAUGUAACUUACAUAUAUAAAAUUGACGCCAUUGGGAUUCAAUAUGCA